AUUUAAACAGUGCGUUACCGUUUGACAUGGGUCCAAGGUCAAUCAGUUUAGCUGCGCAACUUUCUCCUGAAAUAUCACGCCUGCUUCAGAAGUCUGAUUUGAAUGUUGAAGAAUUACAAAAAGUUCAAAAUUAUCUGCGUGUUAACCCUCAACACCUUAUUCAUCACAGUAGUCGGUUGGAAGUAUUGAUUACUAAAGUAAUUAACCCUGUGGAAUGUAAUUGUCCGGCAAAAGAUUCUACUCACCUCAGCGUAUUAUGUGACAGGGAAAGUAAAGAUGAGAAGAUUCAGCUAGCAGCUGCAUGUUUCUCGCUGAUGCCUUUCUUAAAAUUCUCACCACAACGUCUUCACGACUAUCAGUUACGCCUAGCUAGAUGCCUCUGUGAAACAUUGUGUGGUCUACUUGAAAUCAACCGUUUGCCACACGCAACUUUGUCGACAGUCCAAGCUUAUUUAAAUUCAAAAGUUGAUUGUUUUCUAUGCAUAACUCCAGUAGACAAGAUGCAAAAGUUUCCCAAUGACUUCGCUGAUUUAUUGUAUAUGCGUGCUGAUUUUUUCAUUUAUUGCCUGCGUUCCAUCUUUCUGCGUGAUUCAAUGGCACAUAUCAAUAUCUGCUUGCCCACUUUCAUGUCUAUAUUUAACAGUUUCUUCGAAGUGAAUUUGACGGAUAAUGAAAAUAUACCAGGUCGUUUACUGGUAAGUUCUAGUCGUCUAAUGUUGUGUUUGAAUACUGUAUGUGAAACGCUAGGGACGCUUGUUAUGCCUGCUGUUCCAUGCCUUUUGACUAUCAUCACUUAUCAUCUAGAAUGGACUGUAGAUUGGAGACUCGAUGCUAGACAUAUGGAAUAUUUCGUACGUCUACGUUUAGCGGCUAUUUCCUGUUUGCUUCGUCUCGUGGCCAAGAACAUGAAGUUUUCGUACUCAUACUUUAUGGAAGUGAUGCCACGUAUAGUUUCACAAUUGGUUCAUGAUCUCCAAUGUGUUUCUUCUGUGUAUCAGAGUAUGUAUUCAGUUAAAUCUGGCAGCAUGGCACCCGUCGGUGAUGUUUUGAAGUCUUCAGGAGUUAAUUUUGGAUUGUUCGAAAAGCGUGUAACACUAGCAGUCUUGCUUCUCGUGGAGUACAUAUUCAAAGACCCAGGAAUAUUGCGUUAUGCGGCUCUUUGUGAAACUAAAUCUAUGAUGAACAUAGAUUGUGUAACCAGUAAUGGACUUCCUGUCAAUAGAGCAUCUAUUUGUAAUGAGUUUAGCCGCCUCUUUCUGAGUAUCAGCAAUAUUAUCUCACAUAUUAAUGCUGUUCUAAGUCGUGGAAUUCCUUGUUUUCAACGACAGGACAAGAUAACUAAUAUGGUGACAGUAAGUCCACCAGUACUUAUUGCUUUUGCGAAGACAUCUGUUUCCUGCGCUAUAUCCAUCCAUAAUCAAACGUUCCGGUUGACUGUUCUAAAGUUCCUUAACAACCUAAUAAGACAUCCAGACAAUGCAAUAAGCUUGACUGCAAUGGAAUAUUUUCAUCGAUUAUCUAGUUUAAAUCUCGACAAACCCGUUAGUCAUGAAAAUUCGGAGCUUAAUUCGGAUAAUCAUUUACACGAUACAUUUGUACAUCAGCCCAAGCUUGUUUUACAAAAGGAGUAUACAAAUGUUUGUGUCGAGCAUGACUCUGAAGUGCAUUCUUGUAUCAACAAUAAUUCUAUUUCCCCACAAGAUGAGCUACCCUUUAAACGCCCUCGAGUUACAGAAACACAAACAGUUAAUCAGACCAAGACAAAAUCCCCGGAUACUAAACAUGUUGAGGCAGAGUUUGAGGUCUCACCAUUUGAAAUCCACAAGCUGGAUCAAAUGUCAGAUGAUCAAACUUCCACACGUUCAUCAGAUGUUUCCAGUCUUCUAACUGCUUUCGAUCCGACUUUUGUGUAAAGUUUCGUAAUUUCAUCCAUUCUUUUGUAAAUAAAAUGUAAAUUGUGAUUGUCCUUA